GGGAGGGACGCUGCGUGCUCGUGCACACAAGAAAGUUUGAAGACGAACUUCAGUGAACGAAACACAAGGAAAAGUUGGAACACUGAAUGGAAUAAUAACCUCACAGAGUCAUGAGUGUGCCUGCAGUGAUCAGUGAGCAGCAGCUUUCACGCUCUGUGCUGAAAGAAGCACUUGAAAAAAGUGCUGCGAUCUUUGAAGUACAGAAGAAACGUCAGGAGGAUGAAGAACUGAGAUCAGAUUUACAGAAGCGUGAACUGAAGUUAGAGCAUUUGCACAAGUGCAUGGAGGAGCUGCACAAGGACCAGGAGAAAGCACAGCAGUUACACUCGAGCUUUGAUACGUUUCUCAAGGAUGAAGACGCUGCUAAAACUGUAGCAAAAGCAGAGAGGGAGAGGAACGAGGUGGUUCAGAAGAGCGAGCAGAUCGAGAGGUUACAGGAGGAGACGGCCCAACUGACACACGGGAAACACAAGCUGCGUCAUCAGGUGCAGAAACACACCGUGUACCAGCACAUCAUGGAGCAGGUGGUGAAUAUGACUAAGUUCAAAGAUGCAGAGCUGCUCGCAGAUCAUCUGGAGAGUCAGCUCCACCUGAGAGAGCAGCUCUGUCAGAGGGAGAGAGAAGCACAGGAGCAGGUUGACCAGCAGAGAAAACAGGCGGCGACACUGGACGACCAGCACAACCUGAUGCUGCUGCAGAAGAACAAUCAGCUGUCCCAGCUCCAGACCAGACUGGAGGAGACGCGCUCUGAAGCUCUAAACUGGGAAAGGAAGUGGAACCACAUUCAGGAAACUGCUGCAAAGAAAACGCUUCUCCUGGGACAGAUAAAGAUGGCGACACUGAACCUUUACGAAAUGACAAGUGACACCUUAGAAGCAGAAGAAGGUGAAAAUAUGAACGACACAGAGAAACAGCUGUACAAGAUCAAGAUGUUCAUCCAGGACUACAAGGACAUCGUACAACAGACACAACGAGUAACGGACAAGAAACCGAGGCAAAAAGUGCCUUCCACGCCUCAUUGAGAGACAUAUCUGUUUGUAUUUGAACCUAAACAUAAUUUCCGCUGACUUUAUUGAACUAGCAUAAUAUAUCACUUCAUGGCAACAGUUGUUCUGAAGUAAAACUCUGUGAGUUAAGACAAUAAACUUCUCUGAAGAAUGA